GCCGAGCGGUCAUGUGACACAUCUGUCAGGGGACAGCAUGGCGGACAUGCAUGUGGAGCCUCAAAACAAAUUUCACCGAUUGUCCAGUUAACCCCGCCGCGAGAAACAUCGAUAUCGCGCGUGAAGCAGGGCCGGCGGUGCCCGAAAAGACAGCAGAAUGGACGAGGAUAACAAACUUCAGUUCCCGUCUCUGCCUGCGACCAAGGAGGACCUUCUGGACUGGGCUUAUCCAAUGAGACGAGACAUGCAGGAGAUAUUACCGGGACUGUUUUUAGGUCCCUACUCUGCUGCAAUGAAAAGCAAGCUGCCAAGCCUUGAGAGACAGGGCAUAACACAUGUUGUGUGUGUCCGCCAAGACAUUGAAGCCAAUUUUAUCAAACCUAAUUUUCCUCAUACAUUUAGAUACCUUGUGUUAGAUAUUGCUGACAAUCCAGUGGAAAAUAUAAUACGAUUUUUCCCUUCAACUAAAGAGUUUAUUGAUGGCUGCUUAGCAACAGGAGGAAAGGUUCUGAUUCAUGGUAAUGCAGGGAUAUCAAGAAGUGCUGCCUUAGUAAUUGCAUACCUUAUGGAAACAUUUGGGAUGAAAUACAGGGAUGCAUUCAGCCACGUCCAGGAGAGGAGGUUUUGCAUCAACCCCAAUGUGGGCUUUGUGCAUCAGCUACAGGAAUAUGAAGCGAUCUACCUAGCCAAAUUAACCAUUAAAAUGAUGUCACCUAUGCAGUUGGGCAGGUCCUUCUCCUUACAAGCUGGGAUGUCAGGAAGCCGUAAACGCAGCCUGGAGGAAGAUGAGGACUUUGGAGCAAUGCAGGUCACAGCAGCACAGAACGGAUGAGCUUUGCUGAUAUAUAGCCACGUGGCGCAGUGCACUCAAUUUUUUUCCCCACAUUUUUAAUGGGAUUAAAAAUGUAAAUAUUUGAACUUUUUCUAAGGGGAAGGGACAGGGGUGGGAGGGCGGCCACUCAUGUCUGAGACAUGGAGUACGGAGGGGGAUCGGGCCAAUUUGAUAACUUUUUUUUUUUUCUUCAAGCUGUAUGCACUGAUGGGAGAUUUUUUGCAGUUUUAUAGUAUUUAAAGCAUUUUGCAUUUGCAGCGGGACAGUAUUGCAAUAAUGCACUUUCGAUACUUGAAUUUGUGUAGAUGACCAGAAUGGUGAAGUCAGCAAAAGGGAAAGUAGCCAGGACGUCGCCCAGUGGAGGUCAUGAAAAGAGGAAUAGCUAAUGCCUUUAUUUUGGGAGUAAUAGGAUUAUGGACUAAUAUCAGGCUUACUGUGGGAUAGUAAGGAAUGGAAAAAUAACACACUGCUUAAUAAAAACGAGUCUGACUGAG